UAUGUACAAUAAUAUUGGUUUAAUGACUCCUAGAGGUAGUGGUACCUCUGGGUAUGUUUAAAAAAAUUUAGCUCAUAUAAAACCAACAAGAAAGCAAGAUGAAUUUCUUAAAGAAAUUAAGGCUAUGAAAGUUUACAUUACUAUUUAAUAAAAUUUAGGAAAAUGUUAUAUAAGCAAGAAAGAAGGCAAAUCCAGAAAUCAUUUUACAUGAAAUGAAGAGAGAUAUUGAACUCAAAAAAAUUACCUUAUAAGAAGAAUUGGAAGCAAGAGGAAUGGCAGAAGAAGAAAUUUAAUAAAGAGUUUAAAGAUUGGAGGAAAAAUUGAAAGAUAUGCUAAAUAAAGGAGAAUAUCAAUUAGAGUAAUAAAUUAUAUUAAUAUAAUAGUCAUGUUGCAGAUACUCACACUAAAACCUAAAGGAAGGAAGAGUAGGAGAAAAAAAUAGGAGAUGCAUUUGGAAUUGAUAAAGAAUAAUUUAAGCCAGGCACAGCUUUUGAUUUUGAUGCUGAAGAGAAAUCGAGAUUAGAAAAAAAAGUUGAAAGAGAAAUGAGAAAAGCUGAACGUUUAAUUUAAUUAAAGGAAUAGAAGAAAGCAGAAAAAAAGAGAUUAAAAGAGCUUGCACAAUAACAACAACAAAUAAAAGUGGCUUAAGAGGCUGAUGUCAAAAAGGAGGAAAGUCGUAGCAGAAGUAGAAGAAAAGAAAAAAAGUCAAAGAAGCAUAAAAAAUGAGU